AUGUACGAAAUAAGAGGGGCAGAUGCAAAUAGUGAUCAUCAUUUAAUGGUAGCUACGUUUGCUAUGAAGAUAAUGGCUGCAGGGAGGAAAUUUGUGAGUCCCAGAAUGCGAUUUGAUGAAGCAAAGCUGAGGAAUGAGCAUGUGAAAACCCAGUUUGCUCUUGAAGUCAAAAACCGCUUUGAUGUUUUGAUGCAGGAGAAUGAUGAGAGAAGUGUUGACAGUCUAUGGAUGAAUGUUAGAGAAGCUUACCUAGAAACAAGCAAAUCUGUUCUAGGUAAGAGAGAUCACCAGAAGAAGGACUGGAUGUCUGAACAAACAUGGGAUCUUAUACAGCUCAGAAAAGUUAAGAAAGCCAACAUCAAUACGAGCAAAACUAGGUUGCAGAAAAAACAGGCCCAGGAUGAGUACUCAAGAACAGAGAAGGAGGUGAAAAAGUGUGUCAGAAGGGAUCACCGAAAGUAUGUAGAUGAUAUGGCAGCUAGGGCAGAGCAAGCAGCAAGGAUAGGUGACAGCAAAGAGUUGUACAGAAUCACAAGAGCUUUAUCCAAGAGAUCCUAUCGAAAUGAUGGCCCAGUAAAGAGUAAGGAAGGGCAAUUGCUGACUAGUAAGGAUGAGCAACUUGAAAGAUGGAGAGAACACUUCAUGGAAAUCUUCAAUAGGCAAAAUGAGAUAGAGGAUCAUGAAGAAAUAGAGCACAGAGAUGGGCCAGUGGUCACAGACAUAGAAUGGGAAGUGCCAACAAAAGAUGAGGUGAAGAAGGCUAUAAGUGAGAUGAAAAAUGGAAAAGCUCCUGGCUCAGACAAUAUCUCACCAGAUGUUUUAAAAGUUGAUGUAGAGACGAGUGCUGAUAUCUUGUAUCCCCUAAUCACCAAAAUUUGGGAAGAAGAAAGAGUUCCUGCAGAAUGGAAGACAGGUACUAUAAUGAAGAUACCAAGAAAGGUUGCUCUACAGAUUGUGUAA